UUGUUUAGGUUAAUUUCGAUUUUUUAUUUAGGUAAAAAUAAUAUUUUUUUUUUAUUUUAAAUAGGUUUCGGUAAAUUGAAGGAAAAUGAAUUUAGUGGAUAAUAAUUUUAAAAGUUCGUACAAUCAUUCAUUUGGAAGACGAAAUAUUGUGAAUUAUCCACAUAAUAUUUAUGUUAACAAGGAAGUGAAAAAAAAUUUGAAAAUUCCUAUUUUUCGAGAAAAAUAUUUAUCAACUUAUGAGACAUCUUUUAGAUAUAAAAAACAAGAAGGCGUUAAUCACUAUCAACGAACGUCUGUUAAAGAAAAUUUGAAAAGAUUGCACGAAGAAUAUUUAGGAAAUCCGGUCAAGCCUCAUGGAACAACUACUGGUACAAGAGACAGAAAAUUAAAACUACCAUUUUUUACUUCUUUUGAGAGACAUCAACUACCGAAAAAUGUUGAUUGUUCCAUAAAAUUACGAGACAAUGAUAAAUUUACUAUUCCUAUUAAUGAGAAUAAUUUUCAAAAAUUAUUAGAUAUUUAUUCAACAACUUCUCAAUUGACACAUAUUGAUUUUUUUCGCAAUGAGAAAAAUAUAAUUUCACAAAAAUUUAACAAUGACAUUGAUAGUAAAAAUCGUCGAAAAUCUCAUUUUUACUUUUGUCCUAAAGAAAAAACAUUCUAUCGUCAAUUGCCAAAGCAAUUUUCUCAACUACCGUAUUCUGGAAAUAUUAACAGUUUUGUAUAA